AUGAACCAAAUCGGUACACCUCAAACACCUCCAUUUUGUACCCAAUCACCUUCGUUUAGUACCCAAUCACCUUCCUUUAGUACCCAAACACCUCUCUUUGGUACCCAAACUCCUCUGUUUAGUACUCAGACACCUCUCUUCGGUGACCAACCUCCUAACUUUAGUACCCAAACCAGCUUCACAGCAGAUGACGCUGAUGACGUAGACGAGAGCUCACCAUUGGCUACACGGGAAGCAAGAAGAAGAUGGUCAAUCGCAGAAGAUGGGGCGCUGGUGACCGCGUGGUUAAACACUAGCAAAGAUGGCGUGACUACAAAUGAACAGAAAGCUCAAGCGUUUUGGAAACGGGUUUGCAUCUACUAUCAUGGGUGUACUGCGGUUAAGGACUUUCCUCCUCGCCUGUGGAAUACUUGCAAGCAGAUAUGGACGAAAAUAAACAAAGAAGUGCAGUGGUUUUGCGGAUGCUUUGACAUGGCGAGCCGUCAAGCUACAAGUGGCCAAUCCGAUGAUGAUGUCUUCCAGAUGUCUUACAAGUUCUAUUACCAGGAUCAUAAGACCAACUUCGUCUUAGCCCAUGCGUGGAAAGCUCUUAGAAACGAUCAGAAGUGGCGUUCUCAAACAACAGAUAAAGGCAAAAGGCAGAGCAAACGAGCACAGCCACAUGAUUCCGGAGGCGUUGGUCCGAGGGAGGAACCAGAAGAAGAGAGACCGAUGGGUGUGAAGGCAGCAAAGGCUGCAAAGUUGAGAGGAUCCAAGACCGUGAAGAGAACCAGCGAAGACAGGGAGGCUGCUUUGAAGAACCUCGAAGCCGUGGCUACAAUAAGUGAAAAGGAGUUCACUAACAAAGAGAUAUUAGCGGAUAAACAAUUCCUAUCUAACCUCUUAGGAAAAACCGAACCACUUAACGAUAUAGAGAAAGCGGACCUACUUGAGAUGUACAACUCGGAAAAGCGCCGGUUGGACUUGCUCCAAAUCAAACACAAACAUAUUCAGAAAGCAUUCAUGGCAUCUUACGAUCGGUUUAGGUCUCUUCAGCGUCACACACUGCAGUUGAGGGAAGAUAUGGCCGCCUGUGAGAACUUACUGAUGGAAGCAGAGCAAGAUUGCUUGGACUGUGGAGCAGCUUCCCGUGAGGCCGAUAGAGAGAUGGAGGAUUGUUUAGGGUGUCUGAAAGAGACCUCUGCGAAGAUGGGAGAAAAGGCGCAAGUGGUGAAACGAUCCUUGAACUUAGAUAAUGUUGUUGAUUAUGAUAUGUACUGUGUUUAUAAGCUCUGGUUUUUGCGUGUAUUCGGAGCUUAUGGCGAAGGAGGACCGGAGGUGAUGAUCGGAGAUGGACCAGAAGGAGAUCGGAGUAAUCGGAUGGCAAAACAAGCAAGACGGAACAGAGCCUUGAGCAAAAGGAAACAGAGUGCUUGA